UUGCAAAAUUGUUUUAAAAACUAUAACUAGAGAUUAGAUUUUAAAUGCUAGAUAUCUUGUCGUAAUAGAGUAGAUAUGUCUUUUCGUAGUGCCGCAGCCUUUUGUAGGACUGACAGAGAGAUGACCGAUAUUGAGAGGAAAAGAUUUGCUUCGGUGUUCGAUCAAUGUGAUGUGGAAAAGAAAGGUUACUUAUCCAGAGAAGAUCUUAAGGCUGCAGUUGUCAUGCUGUUUGGAUACAAACCCUCUAAGUCAGAAACUGAUAUCAUGAUGCAGGCUGGUGCUGUACCUAACUGUCCAGGGGUCCCUUUGGAGCGGUUUGUGUCUCUCAUGGGGAGGAAGUUGUCAGCAGAGGAUCCGUAUGAGAAGACGAGGCACAUCUUCAGCGCAUUUGAUGUACACUGUCGUGGGUUCCUGAAGUUGGAGGACUUCAAAAGCGUCUUUGCGCGUGUGGCUCCCCGCCUGCCGGACAGAACGGUGCUGGAGGCCUUUCGACAUGUGGACCACGACUCGGACGGCCAUAUCAGCUUCAAGGACUUUGAGAACGUUAUGACCUAUGGAUUGGUCAACCACUGAGAUGCUGUGAAGAAAUGUCAAGGAACAGCUGUAAGAGCUCCAAGGCAUCUGGACUUACACUGUACAUGCUUCAAUGUAAAUAUUUUCUGUUUCUCAUUGUUCACUAUUUAAGCAGGUAAAUGCUCACCCCUCGCUCUCUGAUAGGCAGCGGUCAGCACUUAGGAGAGUGCACCCUGGCCUUGACUAUUGAAAGGCAGACUAGCUUCAAUGCCUUGAGUUGAGUUUGAUGAUGAGCUUUGAUGUCAUAUCGAUCCAGUCAGUGCAAGACUGCGCUGCGUAAUAGGGACACCCACAUUUCUAUUGUUCAGUUGUCUUACAAGCUGCAUUAAGGAUAAACCCAAUCUCGCCAGGUUUAAUUUACUAGGUCGUGCUCUUCUCUCUUGCCCUCUCUCAUCUUUCCUGCAGUAUAGUUAAGCUCUGUUCUUUCUCCUGCAAGGUGCUCUCCAGGCAUUUCCAGAAGACUCCUCGUGUAUACCUCAUGUUUUGUCCCAUUACACAGCAUGCCGAGUGUCGGAUGUCUUAUAAUCCUCCUCACUAAACCCAUUUGCACCUGAGAAACAGGCAGGUGGCUUUCAGAGCUGAAUAUGAACGAUCGUAAUCAGAUUCUGCUUUUAAUCAGUUUUGCUCAAAACCGCCCCUCUGCAGCCUUACAUUAAAAAGCCAGGGCGCACUCUUCUAGAGGAUUUUAUGGGACUCCUCUUGUUA